AACUUCUCCCGAUUAAGAUCUGACAAGCAAUAUAAAUAUAUAUUUUUCUCUCAACAAAUUCAACAAUAUGAACCGAAACGUCAAUAAACAAUCGAAAAACAGACAAGAACCACAUAAAGUUGUAAAGAAAUGUUCGGAGUGCGAGAAAGAGAUACCUGUUGCAUGCAAGACAUGCCCAAUGUGCAAGGCUACAGUAGUUUCCAACAGGACUCAUAAACUUUCAAAAUCUUCAGAUACCGAAGAAAAAGAUUCAGAGUCCAAAAUAAGAAGAACUGAGAGGAUCCGAAGAGAGAGGCCUGACUUCUUCAAUGCCUUAGAAGUGGAAAACAAAUUUAAGACAAGAAGGAAGCGAAAGGAGAGUACAGAAGCCGGCAGACUGACCAGCCAGACGAGCGUAUCCAGUACGGGAGACGGUGAGGGGAUGGAGGAGGGGGAAACACCGAAGAAAAGACGAGGGCGACCCAGAAGUGUGGCCAUGUCAGACAUGUUUGAUAAAAUGUCUGAGAGCAAGUCCCCGCCUGUAGAGGAAGAGGACUGGUAUGGCCACCUGCCACAAGAGAAGCUGUGGCAAUACCAGAUCAUCCUAGCAGAGAUCAACAGGAAGAUCUCCACACAGACCUUCAACCCCAUGUGAUGGAGGCGGGAGGACACGUGUGUAUGUGAUGGAGGCGAGAAGACAUGCAUGUUUGUGAUGGGGGUCUUUGGUGUGUGGGAUAACACAACUUUGGGGGGGGGGGCUAGAUGCAUAUAAUAUGGACACACAUGUUGUUAAAGGCUAAGAUCCAGUAUUGGACAAAACGAUGAAACAUGGAGCUAAUUUGGGAAGGGAAAUAGACCUUAAGGAAAAUGUGAUGGAGGCGGGUGGGCCACAUGUGUUUAUGUCAUAGGGGUGUCAUGGGGAUAUGGACACACAUGUUGUUAAGGGCCAAGAUCCAGUAACCGACAAAAUGGUAAUUAAUGGAGCUUAUUUUGGAAUGGAAAUAGACCUUAACGAAAAUGAGUAAAAUAAAUUGUUCAAAAUUGAAAUGUAGUAGAAUAGACACUCCAUAUGUAUUUUUAUAAUGCAAACAGGACUACACUUCCAAACAUUGAAAGCCUAUAUGCCUUAAUAAUGAGGAGCUGCAAAAAACACUUUUUAUGCUCCACGAAAAUAUUUUCGGUGGAGCAUAUAGUUGCCAGUUUGUAGUUCCGUUAUUCCUUACUUCCUUUCGUCACACUUUAACUACCGUUUCUCAUAGCGCCUUCAAUACUUUACCAAUAGCUUUCAUAUUUGGCAUGUACACAUGUAGGUACCUUGCAUGGACCUCUACCUUUUGAUGAGGUUUGAGGUCACUGGGGUCAAGGUCAAGGUCACUGAGGCUAAUAAUAGACUUCCUUCUGUCACACUUUUGCUACCGUUUCUCAAAGUGCCUUCAAUAUUUAACCAAUCGCUUUCAUAUUUACCAUCUAGAUACCUUGCAUGGACCUCUACUUUUUGAUGAGGUUUGAGGUGACGGGGGUAAAGGUCACCGAGGCUAAUAAUAGACGUCCUUCUGUCACACUUUUGCUACCAUUUCUCAUAGUGCCUUCAAUACUUAACCAAUCGCUUUCAUAUUUACCAUCUAGGUACCUUGCAUUGACCUCUACCUUUUGAUGAGGUUUGAGGUCACUGGGUCAAGGUCACCAAGGCUAAUAAUAGAUUUUUUAGAUGUUUAUUAACACAUACAUUGACAAAGCGCAUCAUUGGGGAGCAUCCAUCAGUUUCACUGAUAUACUUUUUAACAAUAGCAAAGAACCAAAAAUAGCUAUAUGCUCUUAAUUUUGGAAUAUAAAUUUGGAUAACAAUUAUAUAAAAACAUUUGUGAAUAAACAAAUAUGCUUUGAAUAACAGAUGUUCUGUUUGAAAUUCAAAUGAAAGACAAUAGUGCCAAGUGAGAUUAAAAGUUUGCCUCUCACGAUGACCCUGAAAACUAGAUAAAAAGUGGAAGUUUUUAACAUUUAAAUUUUAAAAUGCUUCUGCAAAGUGAUUAUCUGUUCUUUAAUCUAGAAUGUCUGUUUUUGAAUUCACUGAAAAUUCCCCAUUUGUUUCUGCAUCAACCCAUGUGCAAUAGAUCUCAAAUUUUAUCAUGUAAAGCAUUGCAAAGAUAUUUGUGACAGAUGAAUCAUUAUGUUGUCUUGAGUUGUCUUGAAUUAUGUAAACUGUUUUGUUUUAAUUUUAUCUUUAUUUCUGUAUACUUUUGUAAUAAAUACAUCUUUAUUGUGGCUAUUAUUUUGUGAGAUGUGAGAUGAAUUUAUGUUCGAUUAAAUUCAGUUAAUUGGCUUUCUAGACUAUAAAGUAUGGAGCCUUGAUUUGAAAGUGACAGUAAUCAUUGUUUGUCAAUACAAUUGAAACUGAAAUUGUAAUAUUUAUGACAAUUACUUUUUUUACAGUUUGUUUUUGACACUUGUUAUGUGUUUGCAGGAUGACGAGGAUCAUAAUGACAUAUUGUUGGGAUUUUUGUAAAUACAAUAUUCAUGUUGUAGCAUUUAAAGAAAGGAAUUAAGAUUUAUUGUUUAGUCAUUUUACGUUGUCAAUUACUUGAAUACAUCUUUUAUGCAAAGGAUUAUUUGUAUAAUACAAAUAAAGAAAAAUAUGUAUUUAUAUUUGAACACA